AUGGCUGCCAGUGGAGAGGUAGGGAAGCUGUUACAAGUUUUCAAAAAUGGGACACCUCCAACCACCAGCUACAAUGGGGUAGAUGGCUUGCAUGCUGUGCAACAUUCUUCAUGCAACUCAAAGGACCUUGUACGUGAAGCACAGCUCACGAGACAUCGUUGUAGAAGUGGAACCAUGGCAAGACCGUUCUCAUGCCACCCGAGAAAUGUUCUUUGCAGCAAUCAAGCCCAUAUUUUUAGGUCUGUCGAUGUCACCAGUGGCCUUACAGAGAGCAGUCAGCGUGAGGUUCAGAAUUGUUGGAAGUGGAGUCUGUAAUCCACUGCACCUCGUCCUUUGGACUAUGCCUACACAUCCAGAGUCACUCUCUCCGAGUCCAAUGUCCAGGCCCUGUUCACUGCAGCCAGCAUUUUCCAGAUUCCUGCUCUGCAGGACCAGUGUGCCCAGUUCAUGAUCAGCCGGCUUGACCCUCAGAACUGCAUCGGGGUCUUUAUGUUUGCUGAUGCAUAUGGUCAUCAGGAACUGAUGGAGCGCUCACAGGACUACAUUCGCAAAAAGUUCUUGUGUGUCUCAUGGGAGCAAGAGUUCCUCCAGAUGACUAAGGAAUCAGUUGGUAAGCAUUUUGAACAGUGAUGACUCAAUGUGGAGAAGGAAGAGCAUGUCUACGAGAAUGUCCGCUGGCUGGAGCAUGAUCGACCUGCCAGUGAAGCUGACCUCGCUGAGUUUUUUUCCCAGUGUAUCCGCCCUGCAUUGCUGGAUGAGGCCUUCACUAAUCUGAUACCUGCCCCCUUUGCUUGUGCCCGUCCCUGUCUAAAGACCCUGCUGAGGCCAAAGCUCGCCUCACUGGCCACCAACGGUUGUCCACAGCGCCUGGGUAUGACUGCUUCCGAGAUGGUCAUCUGCUUUGAUGCUGCUCAUAAACACUCAGGUAAGAAGCAGACUGUGCCUUGCCUGGACACCGCCACAGGAAGAGUGUUCAAGCUCUGCAAACCACCCAAUGAUCUCAGAGAAGUCGGUAUCUUGGUGUCGUCAGAGAACGACAUCUACAUUGCUGGUGGGUACCGACCAAGCGACAGUGAGGUGUCCAUUGAUCAUCGAGCAGAGAGCUUUUGGCAGUAUGAGCAUGCAGGCAAUCGAUGGCUUUCCACGUGCGCUCCUCUCCUGAGAGCGAGAAUCGGAUGCAGACUUGUACACUGUUGUAGGAAGCUGUAUGCACUGGGAGGCCGAGUUUAUGAAGGUGAUGGAAAUGCAUUAAAAUCAGUAGAGUGCUAUGAUGCCAGGGACAACUGUUGGACAGCAGUGAGUCCUAUGCCAGUGGCCAUGGCGUUUCACAGUGCUGUGGAGUAAGACCGCAUCUAUGUCCUCCAAGGUGAAUAUUUCUUCUGCUAUGAUCCCGUAAGGGACUAUUGGAGUCAUCUAGCCCCAAUGAGCGUCCCUCGGAGUCAGGGUCUGGCUGCCUUGUAUAAGAACUGCAUCUACUACAUUGCUGGCAUCUGCAGGAACCACCAGCGUACCUUCACUGUGGAGGUGUACGACAUAGAGAGGAACACAUGGAGCCGUAAGAGAGAUCUGCCCUUUGACCAAGCCACGAGCCCGUACAUCAAAGCUAUGCUGCUGCAAGGCAAGCUGCACCUGUUUGUACGUGCCACACAGGUUCAUGGUGGAGGAAGCAUGUGUUUCGCACCCAGUCGAAAGAACUCCCUUUACCAGUAUGACGACGAGGCAGACGUAUGGACCAAAGUCUAUGAGACGCCUGACCGCCUGUGGGAUUUAGGUCGCCAUUUUGAAUGUGUGGUGGCCAAACUUUACCCUCAGUGUCUACAGAAAGUGCUUUGAGAUAGGUUGUGGUUUUUUUUUUUUUUUGUUUGUUUUUUUUAACCCAGUUUAAUGGGUUGAAGCGAGUGGUGUGGUCCUGCCUGCCUAGCCUUGUGCCUGGUGUUACCCUGGGUGUGCACCACACUGACCAUUUUACGUUAAGUCUUAAGUGUUUUAAACUUUGGUUUAACAUGAUCAAACAGGGGUGCUUUGUAAAGAUCGCAGUAUUUUUUCUUUCUUCCCCAAACAGCACCCAACUACCCACACUGAGGCUUGUUUAACAAAACCGUACAACAAAUCAUAAGUGCAAUUAUCCUAUUUUUCGCUUGUUCAUUGAGCCAUGUUGUUCUAUUUUUUGUUUUGAGAUACAUGAUUAGUAUUGAUUUUUUUACAAAUGUUAAGCAUGCAACGGAGGGUUGCGCAAGGCAAAUGUGCCCUCUGGAGAUUAUGGAUGCUAUGUGUCAGCAUAAAGUGAAAAUCUCUCUAUAUAAAUAACUAUAUAAACUAUAUAUUCAUAAGGGUAAGAUGAGUACCAUAGCUCACGAGUAGGUUGCUAGUUUUUGAGGUUUCUGUGUAGUUUUUCUUUUUUUUUUUUUUCUUCCUUUUGUGUCCAUGCCUCUCUUCAAGCUUAUUUUAUAGACAAGUUUUAAUAUGAAGUGUGGUUGUGACUUACAUUAUCUUAGUGUUUUGAAAGAUUGAAGCCUGUAUGAUCAUUUUUACGGCCCCCUCUUCCCCUCACUAGUGUCGGUACUAUCAAACCAUACACUGAGUGUGCUUCGGAGCUAUAUAACAUUUUGUUUUAGAGAUUCCAGUUGAAUGGAGCUCACACCUCUCAAGCUUUUGAGUUGAGCAUCCAUUUUAUGUCAUAUGCGAAGAAAAUUAAGUGAAAUCUUAGACUAUUCACUCUCCACAUUGGAGAAACAAGGACGGAGUCAAAUCUGUGCUAACACUAAGUGGCAAGUUCAGACCAACUAACAGGUUUUACCUCAGAAACUUUACAAAUAUAUUUGACUAGAAGAAAAGGGACGUUUCAAGGCCAUGUGUGUCAAAGCUCAGUUCAGCAUUGAGCUCUGAGGUUGACUUUUUAAAAUCAAGACUGUAACGUUUUGGAUGGAAAAUGGUUAAUGCCAAAAAAAAAGGAAAAAAAAAAACAUUUGAGGUCUUGUUAUAGUGUUGUGGACAUUGAAAACUAAUUUUGUGGUAGCAAUAAAUCAUGGAACUGUGAUCUAGGCUAUAUUAUGUAGUAUUACCUUAGUAAAAGUGCAUUAAUAAUUUUUGCGUGCUUGUCUCUGUCAGCGAAAACUACGGUAGUACCAGACAAUGAUUGACGGUUUACAUGGGUGCAGGCUGGAAGUGAUGAUUAAUGUAGUGCAGAUCAUGGCGAUGCCAAUGUGCCUGCGGCCAGAAAAAGGGGGGCAUCAGAAUCAAAAACUGCACCUCCUGAUGAAGAAUAUCUGGAAAGUCUUACCCAGCGUUGCAACUGAAUCGCUGCCCACUUCAGCGGGUCCUUAACUGCAGACUUUACGAAAGCACCCUCACACGAGCAGGACGACGUCACUGUGUGAGGGUGGUCCCACUUUUGUUUCAUCCACGGACCAUCAGCCGUCUCUUCAUGCCAUCACACGGAGGACACGAACUGUUGGUGCUGCUUUCUGUUUUGAUUUGAUCAUUUUUAAAAAAUUUUCUUUUCUUUGACAAUCUUGUGUAGAAUACCACCACCCUCCCUGUCCAAGUGUGACAUUUCCAGUGCUGCCAGUUUCCACAUUCAGGUUCCUGUGUCAUCUUUGCACUACGCGUUUCUAACGUAUCUGGACGGAGUGCCCCCUUCGAUUUUCAUACAAAGGUUUUCUUCAACCAUAUAGCAAUCAUCAAGAAGGUUUAAAUGGAGUUAACACACCUUACGAGUCACAUUCAGUGAGCACUUGAGGAUAUUUUACUUCUCAAAGAGAAGAUCCACUAAGACUCAAAGCUGAUUUUUAUUCAACUUGACUUGAACUAUAAUCCCCUCCAUAUAUAACAAACAAAAAAACAAAACUUGAGGGUGAGAGAGGGUCUGAGCUUCACCACCAUGGCUACAGAGAACCAGGAACGGAGAACUCUCAGGAUUUCUACUGAUACACAGUACUGUAUUUAAUUUUUUGUUGUGUAUUAUACUGUACUAUAGGUUUGCUGUACUUGCACAGUUUUCUAAACUAUAUUCAGUUUUCUUUCUAUACUUGAAAAAGUAGAUGUGAUUUCCUUUCGUCCCCAGUGGCUGUUUUUUUGUUUUUUUUUUUCUUCCUUUGUGUACUUAUAUAUUUAGUUAUGGUAGAUUAAUCCUGCUCUGAUGAGAAAAAAUGAUUAUCCUGCACGUGUGAUAUUUCAGUUUUUUUUAUUUCUUUCCCCCGUAGUAUCUUAGAUUGUCUUCUAACAUUUCACCGCAAUUAAGCAUUUACAGAUAAAGUUUUAAACACAGUCACAUCACACAACAAGCUAAACAAUCUCUGUGUUGUUGGUGCUCAUUGCUGGCAGAUUUAGCUCAUUCUGGCCAUCUACUUGGCAUUUGCUUAUGGGUGCUACUUCAUGGUCUCCAUCCAUUUCUUUCUUCACCUUUUUAUGGUUUGUUUUUGGGUUUCAGGUUCUAGUGGUUGUUGAGCUCAACUGUGAAAUUCACAUUGCACAUAAUUUGAAAAUAAAACUAUUAAGAGUGGAA